CAGCUCCAGUAUCAAAUGCGGAUCAAAUAGGCAUUAGUGGGAUGUGUUUGGCUCGCUUAAAGUAAAGUGUUUGAUUAGUUAUUACCUUACACCCCUAUUUUUCUUUGUUGCAUUAAGUACGAAACGUCAAACGUGUAUAGGAUAUGUCAGUGUAUUACUAAAGUAAGCCCGUUUUGUCACAUUCUGAGCCUGGUUUUAAACGAGAAGGGAGUCUAAUCUGUGAAGCACACCGAAAAGUUAUUUUAUUCAAUUUGAUUUUCUGAGGUUUCGGUAUGCUGAGAUAAGGCUGUCUUCCUACAUUGUUAUGAACCGUAUAACGUAAUGUGCCAGAAGUAAUUUCCUGGUUCCACAAGCGUUCAAGACAUUUUGAUGCAACGGACUGUGGAAUAAAAUACACAGGAAAAAGGAACCAGGAUGGAUCAACUUCUGAAGGAAGCACUAGGGACAGUCACCUUGAAGAAAACGGGGAAAGGAGGUGGUGGGUGCAUAAAUGAAGGAGAAGCGUAUCUCAUUGACACAGGGACUGUCUUUGUGAAGUACAACAAGAAGUCACAGGCACGGGAAAUGUUUGAUGGUGAAAGUGACUCUUUGAAAGCCAUAGCUGCAACGCACACACUACGCGUUCCAAAACCACUUCAUGUACUGGAUAACCCUGAGGGGGGAGCCAUUCUGGUGUUGGAGUAUCUGGACAUGAAGGGUCUGACCCGCUAUUCCCGUCAGCUUGGAGAGGAGUUGGCCAGAAUGCACCUGCACAAUUUGGCACUGGGAAAGAAACAGAAAGAACAGGAGAGCUAUGUCGGGGGACAGGGAACUGAAAGUGAGAAUGAAGAUGAAGACAAGCCAGUGUUCAUAAGUCAGUUUGGCUUUCAUACUACAACUUGCUGUGGGUAUCUGCCCCAGGACAACACAUUCUGCGAUGACUGGCCGACUUUCUAUGCAAGACAAAGGCUUGAGCACCAAUUGAAAUUGAUAGAAAAAGAUUAUGGUGACAAGGAAGCAAGAGAACUCUGGUCCAGGCUUCAGCACAAAGUUUCAGACUUCUUUAAGGACCUGACCAUAGAACCAUCACUGUUACAUGGAGAUCUGUGGGGCGGAAAUGUGGCAGAAUCAACUACUGGACCAGUUGUUUUUGAUCCAGCUUCAUUUUAUGGACACCAUGAAUUUGAACUGGCCAUCGCUGGAAUGUUUGGGGGUUUCAAUAGUACAUUUUAUCAGGCAUACCAUAAUCUGAUUCCUAAAGCUCCAGGAUUUGAAGUCAGGCACAAGCUGUAUCAACUUUAUCACUACUUAAAUCAUUGGAAUCAUUUUGGAACAGGCUACAGAGGAUCAAGCAUUUCAAUAAUGAAACAUCUGGUCAAGUGAAUCUGCUGAAUACUGCCACUACUGUUGCUUCUCAAAUCUGCAUGUUGCAUGUUAGAUAUCUAGAUAUAGAGCAGUGCAGUGAAUGUGAUAAGUUGCAACAAAUUAGAGAUAUUAAUGGCUACAUUCCAUUUUGGUGAUUGGUGCUAGUUAUCUGCAAAGCUUUAAACGCUCUACGCUCUCUUUUACCCAUUAGUCAGUUUAGAUAACACAUUUCUCUGUAGGCCAUUAUUGGUUGGUAAAAUGCUAUUCAUUGUUACAUUGUUGCAGAUAUGUGUAUAUAGGAAACUGGUUUGGAUGCUAGAGAGAGUUUAGCUAUUGUAUUCAUUGUGAUGUCUUCUAAUUGUUACUGUUAGGGACAUGAUAUAUUAUUUCGUAGAUAUGCACUGUUGUUUAGCGAUAUUCUAAUUUUAUUGAAAAUGUGAUCGUGAGUGGAAAGAUUAGAAGUUGCAGCUGUUCUUCUAAGAGUGAUAGGUGAAUCAUCGAACUUAGAGCAGUUUUAUUUCUAUUGUCUGAUGGUAUCAUCAGUGGAAAUUUUAACUUACUAGAGAGCCGUCCUAUUGCGUUACAUGUUACUGUAUUUACAAGAAGUUUUAGUGAAGAAUAUUGUCAUCUCAUUUAUAGGCUUUGGUGAUGUGGUAAUAUGUAUGGGCUCACUGCACCAGAUAUAUCCGAGUACUAAAGUGUACAAUGUCCAUCAGUUUAUGGAAACAGCAUUUGAUAUUAGAGAAUCAUUUGCAGUUCAAACGCAGAUUAGAACAAAACACAUUCUGAAAUCUCACACUUGAAAGUAAGGUAAAUGUAUUUAGAGAUGUUGUGACACAGCACAAAGAAUAAAAAAAAAAUCUCAUUUUCACCCAAAAGAGAUGGAACACUCUAGUAGUCAGGUGAUGAUCUAUUGAUGCUUGAAAUCAUCAAGACAUGACUGUUAUCCAAUAUCAGUGGGACACUAUAGUGAAGAAUAUUGCCACCAUGUUGGAAGAGGUUGCUGGUAGUACUGUGGUAGGAUAUUUGUUACGCAAGGUCCAUUUUAACGUGUAGUGACUAAAUUUGUUCUUCGACCUGAGUAGUGUCAUUGAUCCUGCUCAGUAUGUAGGACCAGCAUGUAUCUGUGCUAGUAUAUUUUUUGAAUGCACAUAACGUAAUAUUCGUAUCCUGUAAAGGUGAAGGAUAGAAAUCCAGAACAUUAACCAUCUUCACUGGUUGGAAACAACAGUAGAAACAUAGCAUAGUUUCAGUUUAUGCUUACUAUUAUUGUAUUAUAGUACUCGUACAGUGCCACCAGUAUACCAAAUAUACACUGGCUAAAUGAGAA